GGUUGACGGCCCUCAGGAAUCAUGCCCUUUUGCCACAAUAUAAUUAAUAUUUCCUGUGUGAAAAACAACUGGUCAAAUGAUGUCCGUGCUUCCCUGUACAGUUUAAUGGCGCUCAUAAUUCUGACCACAUUGGUCGGCAAUCUGAUAGUUAUUGUUUCUAUAUCACACUUCAAGCAACUUCAUACUCCGACAAAUUGGCUCAUUCAUUCCAUGGCCACUGCGGACUUUCUUCUGGGGUGUCUGGUCAUGCCUUACAGCAUGGUGAGAUCUGCUGAGCACUGUUGGUAUUUUGGAGAAGUCUUCUGUAAAAUCCACACCAGCACCGACAUUAUGCUGAGCUCAGCCUCCAUUUUCCAUCUGUCUUUCAUCUCCAUUGACCGCUACUAUGCUGUGUGUGACCCAUUGAGAUAUAAAGCCAAGAUCAAUAUCUUGGUUAUUUGUGUGAUGAUCUUCAUUAGUUGGAGUGUCCCUGCUGUUUUUGCAUUUGGGAUGGUCUUUCUGGAGCUAAACUUCAAAGGUGCUGAAGAGAUAUAUUACAAACAUGCUCACUGCAGAGGAGGUUGCUCUGUGUUCUUUAGCAAAAUAUCUGGGGUACUGGCCUUUAUGACUUCUUUUUACAUACCUGGAUCUAUUAUGUUAUGUAUCUAUUACAGAAUAUAUCUUAUAGCUAAAGAGCAGGCAAGAUCAAUUAAUGAUGCCAAUCAGAAGCUCCAAAUUGGAUUGGAAAUGAAAAAUGGAAUUUCACAAAGCAAAGAAAGGAAAGCUGCAAAGACAUUGGGGAUUGUGAUGGGAGUUUUCCUAAUAUGCUGGUGCCCUUUCUUUGUCUGUACAGUCAUCGACCCUUUUCUUCACUACACUAUUCCACCUACUUUGAACGAUGUAUUGAUUUGGUUUGGCUACUUGAACUCUACAUUUAAUCCAAUGGUUUAUGCAUUUUUCUAUCCCUGGUUUAGAAAAGCACUGAAGAUGAUUCUGUUUGGUAAAAUUUUCCAAAAAGAUUCAUCCAGGUGUAAAUUAUUUUUGGAAUCGAGUUCAUAGAAUUGUUAUAUUUUACUGUUUUGCAAAUUGGUGAUCAUGUUUAUGAACACAACAUAACCCACCACAUGCCCCAACCACAUGGAUUUUUUUAAUCAGUUACUUGAGUCAAAGCAUGUUUGGUGAGUUAAAUUAUGAUGCUUAUAGGUAAUUUCCUAUUUGGGAUAUAGGAGGUAUAAUCUUUUCCAUUCUUACCACGCAUAUCGGAACUUUGCAACUCCAGCAUUUAAAGGCCUGCAUUGUAUAUAACUUUUCCUGCCCUUAGAAGAACUGCCAUGAGUUU